AUGUCUACACAGCUACCUCCUCUUCGGCAAGCCAUGCGCCGGCUUGCGACGCAGUCCUUUGCCUCCAGCUGUGGACGCAGCGAAGCUUACACCACGAUCAGACCACUCUCCAGAACGGCACGACCUGGACGGCGACAGGCUCUGUCAUCACGAUGCGUUCAGUCCCGUCAGUUCUCGGGAUCAAAUCCCAGAAUGAAGGCUGGAGACAAAUUGUACCACCAAACAGGCCCAUUCUCAUUUAGAUCAGCGGCCCUCUUCGUCGGAGUCGGCGCGGCCAUGGUGUUUUACUUCCAGUACGAGAAGGCGCGGCUGGAGCGAAAGCGGAUCGUGGAGAUGAGCAAGGGCUACGGCAAGCCGAAAGUUGGCGGUCCGUUCACAUUGAAAGAUGUCAAUGGGAACGAUUUUACGGAGACGGAUCUCUUGGGGAAAUACUCAUUGAUAUAUUUCGGCUUCACCCACUGUCCAGAUAUUUGCCCUGACGAACUCGACAAGAUGGGCGCAGCACUAGACAUUCUACAAGAGAAGGAGCCCAACGCGGUGCGGCCCAUCUUCAUCUCUUGCGAUCCCAACCGCGAUACUCCGGAAGUUUUACGGACGUAUCUUGCUGAAUUCCAUCCUGCGAUAAUGGGCCUGGUCGGUACCUGGCAGCAAACCAAAGAUGUGUGCAAACAAUACCGGGUAUAUUUCUCCACGCCGCCCAAGUUGGAGCCGGGUGAGGAAGAUUACCUGGUGGACCACAGUAUCUACUUUUACGUGAUGGAUCCGGAGGGGGAUUUCGUCGAAUGUAUUGGCCGACAAGACACGCCGGAGAGUGCUGCAGCCAUUGUCCUCCAGCAUAUCAGAGACUGGAAGAAAGAUGGCAAGCCGAUUGACAGGACGCCGCUGCCAUAUCUUACUGAGAAACAGGCAGCUUCGAACGAAGCGAAAUGA